UUCUAUUCUUUUCGUAUUCUCAGACAAUCGCAGGCUGUGCACCUUCCUUGACAUGAAGGAGUUGCACUCGCAAAGGCAAUCGACUCGCGUGACUUUUUUGUUAUCCCAAACAAGCUUCUUUAAAGUCCUGGCCUCACAACUCCAAAAAUUUAUCGGUUUCCAUUUGUUGGUGAUUUUCUACGCGCAUGGAGAGAUGACUUUGAGAAGUGGUAUUCAUAUUCCUUCCACGCCAUAUGCUUUUGUUACGUCCUGGUUGUACAUAUAUGUAUUUUUUUUUAGUUCUGAGGAUGCGUACACACAAAGGAAUGAAGGGAUGUGACGGAGGUGUAUUCCCAUAGAAAAAGCUGAUGUUUGCUGUCCUUGGUGGUUAUUUUGCGCCAUUCUGUAAAUAUAGCC